AAACGGACUCUAACAAGUGUUAUCCCUCACCUAUGGAAUAGCUCCUGAAAAUUCAGUUGCCUGAAUCCUGAAAACUUGGUCUCCAUCAAGUAAUAACAGAAACAGACUUUCUUUGCCAAGCUGCAAACCUUUCUCUCCAUUGCCGGCCAGGUGCACAAUAGUCUGAGUAAGCCUUUGAACAUCAAUAUCCCUAUGGACAUAGCCUCCAAACUCACAUUGCUGGUUGGCAUACUUCUCGCUUUGGUCCUACUCACCCAUGCUCAAUCAUGCUCAAAUUUUACCUUUCCAAAUAACCAAGUCUUUGAUUCCUGCAUCGACCUUCCGUCGCUGCAAGCUCAACUCCACUGGAACUACUUUGCCUCCACAAGAAGCAUUCACAUAGCAUACAAAACCAACCAAGCCCCUACGGGAUGGAUUGCAUGGGCAAUCAACCCAACCGGAACAGGCAUGGUUGGAUCACAGGCAUUAGUUGCUUUUCAAAAUUCUGAUGGAAGCAUGACUGCUUAUCCAACUACAGUAACCAGUAUGAACCCAUCAAUGCAACCUGACACUCUCAGCUUUAAGGUUUCCAACAUCUCUGCAACCUAUUAUAACAAUGAGAUGACCAUCUUUGCUAUUGUUGGCCCACUAGAAAAUGGAACUACUGUUAAUCAUGUCUGGCAGGCUGGUGAUUCAGUUUCAAAUGGCAUCCCUCAGGCUCAUGCACUUUCAGGACCAAAUCUUCAAUCCAUGGGAAGAAUAAGUUUUCUUUCAUGAUAGAAGCACACAGUGGUAGAGGCCAGAAUUCCAGCAUGUCUACGCACAUGUUCACCCCCCUGUGUCAGUAUAUCCACAAAUAUUCAAGAACUCUGGUCAGUUGUUCUGUCAUCAACCUCAUUAUGAGUAAAAUGUUUUUUGUCUUUGUAAGCAAUAUAAUAGCUUAUGUUCUGUGGAUGUGUUUAAUUUCAGAAUGAAUGGGAAAGGAGUUGAGUACC